GCGACGGGAAGGGGAGGACGCGCCCGCCGGGCUGCAGCCGCCGCCGCGCACCGAGCGCCGCGAUGGGGCUGGAGACUGAGAAAGCAGACGUCCAGCUCUUCAUGGACGACGAUGCCUACAGCCACCACAGCGGCGUCGACUACGCGGACCUGGAUAAGUUCGCGGACUCGGGCUCCGACCGGGAUCCCCACCGGCUCAACUCGCAUCUCAAGGUGGGCUUCGAGGAUGUGAUUGCAGAGCCGGUGUCUACACACUCCUCUGACAAAGUGUGGAUUUGCAGCAGUGCCCUCUUUGAAAUCAGCAAAUACGUGAUCUAUAAGUUCCUGACGUUGUUCCUGGCUAUCCCCAUGGCCUUCACUGCAGGAAUUCUCUUUGCCACCCUCAGCUGUCUGCACAUCUGGAUUAUAAUGCCUUUUGUAAAGACCUGCCUAAUGGUCCUGCCUUCGGUGCAGACAAUAUGGAAGAGUGUAACAGAUGUUGUCAUUGCCCCAUUGUGCACAAGUGUAGGACGCAGCUUCUCUUCUGUCAGCCUGCAACUGAGUCAUGACUGAACACUGGGACCCCAGGUCUGGAGUUCUGGAUACUGUAAUACUUCUUGGUUGUUAUAAUGUAAAAGCACUACUGUUCUGUUCUAAGCAUUCCCAACUGUUCUAAUUAAGAAAAUUUUUAAGAUUGGCAACCACAUUUAGAAAUGUUUAUUGGCAGAUCUUUUCAAAUAAUGCCUUUCUAAUUAAUAGUCAAGGAUUUCACUUCUAACUUUAGAGCCAGAAUUAUACAGUGGGUUGGCAACACUUAAUUUUAAAGGCAGUCUUUACUUUGGUACAAAAGUACACAUUUUAUAAUGAUGAAUUUAUAAAGAGCAAGGGACAUUUCUCAAACACUAUAAUAGUUCUGUGCACAACUGCUUAUAAAAUUAUGGAAUUUCUUAUUUUUUUACUCUGAAAGUAAUACUUUUAAAAUUACCUUUGCAGAUAAAGUCAUGGGAAUACUUACAAAAAAGAUAUACAAAGAUCCUAGAAAUUAUAGUAACAAAAGCAUGCAGUGGUGAUAGGCGCUAUCAAAUAUAAUAGGACAAAUAAAUGUGAAAAUAGAUAAUGAACGUGUGUACCUUUAAAUAAGAUAUUGUUAACCUACAGGUCUAUUUAAUAAGAUGUUUCAUUGUACUGUAUAUUUUGUACUUAAUGUAAAUGUUGCUCUAAUCAGAUUGCUUUUAAGUACUUUUAUUAUAUUUGUUAUCUUGUUGAACUAAUAUAUAGAAUGAGUAAAUGUCUUUCAUGGGGAACUUCA